ACAUAAAACCUAUCACAGGAUUCAAAUUUGCCAAUGAAUUUUGAUUUUGAUUUAUCUGGUGGAUUUCUGAGAAUACAAUGAAAUGGAAAAUGCAAAAAAAAUAAAUGAAAAAAAUAAAAAAGAAAGAAGACUAUGGACUAAGGAAUUAGGGAUUAGGAGUUAGGAUUUUAGCAAGAAGUGGAGAAUAGAGUGAUGUUGAUGGAAGAUAAUUGAGAUGACGAUGAAGAAGCUAAGAUGGGCGAUGGAAGGAGAGUUCUGGGAGCUGGACUCCUCGACGCCGGCGACAUUGGACGGAGUGGCGCGGCCGGUGGCGGGGGAUCUUCCUCUUCCCCUGGGGUUAAGCCGCGGAGCGAGGCUGUCGCGCCCCAAACAAAUUGAUUUCAUGCAGCGCUUCAUGGCGGCGCCGUUCGUCCCUUCGUUUUCCGAUGGAGUUGGAUUCUCCCUGCAACGCCUCCUCUCCCUCCCCUCCUUUGCCCGCGAUGCCUGUUUUACCACAUUGCUAGGGCAAUUCAAUGUUCAAAAGUUUGCAGCUUCUCUCAAAAAAUCGGAGAGCAUUUGGAAACACUUUUCCGACCCCCAAUUUUACAGCCUAAAUCUGUGUUGGGAGUGGUUGAUUACGCCUCGAGAUACUCUGCUGCUCACUUCAGAAGCACAAGCUGACCACAAAACUCCAAGGAAAAAGGCAAUUUUUCAUCACAAGUUUCCAAAUCAUAACCUAACUGUGGAGGCAUCUUCUCCAUCACUUUUUGUUGAUGAUGAUGGUAAUUACUGGGAUGUGCCAUUCACAUUGGCUAUGGAUGUGGGUUCAAUAGCUCCUCAUUCGGACACUAGCUUUCAUUUCUGCAUCAGCCACAAUGCAGGUUCUCCUCGCCCUCUCACCCCAAACCAAAUACCUCCUCCUCCCACUUUACUUCCUGGUCUCUCUGCUAAAUCUGCCUUUUCAUUCAACAAACACUUUGACAUUUGGAAGAGUGAGGCUCCAAAGGCAAGAAUGGUGCAACCAUAUGAUAUACUGCUCUCUAAUCCUCAUGUAUCAGCAUCAACAAUCCUAGGUAGUGUAAUUACUGCAUCUCUUGGUGAAAAUUCAAUGACACCCCGUGGACAAGAUGAUGAUACAUUCAGGCUUUACGCCAAAGGAGAAAAUUAUGCCGCUUCAGCCGAUCUCUUUGCAUCUGCAUCCCUUUCUGCUCAGCUUGGAAAUUUUCAAAAGAAUUUUUUAGAUCUUACCCGCUUUCAUGCACGACUAGAUAUACCUUCAGGCUCCAAAUUCAUAAAUAGAGCCUAUAAGGUUGCUCGGGCACUUUACAAUUCUGAAGCACCAACUGCAGAAGCACUUCAGACCAUUACCCCUUCUGCCACCCUCUCAUUUCAGCAGCAGAUGGCUGGACCUUUCAGCUUGAGAGUUGAUAGUGGAGUGAGUGUUGAUCUGAAGAAAGAGUGGUACUUGAAUGUGAAUGAUCCUGUAUUUGCUGUCGAGUACGCGUUGCACGUUCUUGGGUCGGCGAAAGCUGUUGCUUGGUAUUCCCCAAAGCAAAGAGAAUUCAUGAUAGAACUCAGAUUUUUUGAGACUUGAGGAGACAGGAAGAUGCUUAUAGUUUCUUGUAUUUUGAUAGACGACUUUGACAUUCUCAUAUUUUGGUAGUAGCUUUUGAUAUUUUUUGUACAAGGGAUUCACUUGCAGCUUCAAAGUGUUCUUUCUUGUAAAGAAUGAAGGGAGGCUUUGAUUUGGGUUGGGUUUCUUCACAACCUAUUGUUUUA